AUGGAAAAUGUGUGUAAAGAACAGGGGAAAGAGGAUUUGAUCACCAUAGACAUUGUACUUACCAAAUACGAGCAAUAUGUAAGUGGAGUAAUACGAAAUGAGGAAUUGAGGAAGCACAUAGAGAGGUUUAUGUUCCAGUACAACUGCCUAGAUGAAUGUGAGAAGAAGUUAAUUGACGUCAUAAAGAAGUGUGAAAAUUUUGAAUGUAAAAAAUUUCAAGCCCAUUAUUUGUUCAUAACAAAUAUAGUAAAAGAAAUAUGUCACAUGGAAUUGAUCCCAAUAAUAUACAAUGAAAUAUUAGAAGAGAGAAAUGCCAAAAGUGAAACUUCCUACCUGAGUAGGGAAUACUACUUAGAGGCAGAAAAUCAGAAAGAUGAAGAGGAGAAUUUCAAAGCCAUCUGUGAAAGGGUUUAUAAAAAGUACAUCCUUGUGUUUAUUAAGUUGUUGUAUUACUCAUGCAAUCUGCCACCAGAUCUGCUGAACAACUUAAUAAGUGCCCUCUCCUGUAUGUGCAUAUUAAUAUCCAAGUAUGAUACUUUUAGAGAACCAAAUGAGAAAUUUUCAGAGCUUAUAUAUAGAAUAUUUUGGAAUUAUUUCUCCAAAAGUUUUCAUUUUCCACAUGAAAGUUAUUUUUCCCUGGAGGAAAAUGAUUUGGAGGAGGAUGACACAUCAUCUUCCUACUACAGUGAAUUGUUAAAUGAAGAUAGCUGCUUCCCCUACUAUAAUAUCCAUAAUAUUUUUAGCGAUAAGAGGAGAAAAAACUCAACGAAUGAGUCAGCCUCUGUUCCUGUGAAGGCUCCCGUGGCUGUGUCCGGUUCGGCUGAAAGGGAGGGCAACAAUUUGCAGAAAAGAAGAAGAAGAAGGAGGAGGGAAAGAAAAAUUCCCGAAAAGUCGAAAGAUGCAAAAGGCGAAAGUUGCGCGAAUGAACAAGCAGGAGAAAAUAUCAAAAAAACGGACGAUCCGUUUUUUGCAGGCCCAUUUCUGCCAGAAGGUGAUACACCUGGUGGGGAGAAGCCACAGGGUGAUGACACCGUAUCGGGUGUGAACUCCACUGAAGGAUGCCUUCCCGUCGAAAGUUGUGCCAAUUGUGAAAUUGAAAACGCAGGUGGUGACCAAGCCAGUGCUGUGCAGCUGAGCGAAACUAACGCCAAAGUGAAUAAGCGACUGCGUGCACGCAGAGGUGAAAAAGAGAAGAAAAAAAUAAAAAAGGAUAAUGGGGGGGUGGAAUUAGCCAACUCCUCCACCUUGCUGAAUGGGGGAUGUGAAGGAAGUAGGGAGCACAAUGUUCUCCAUAGAAGAGGUGAGGACAACGUAAAAAGUAACAACAAGGAAUUCCAAACAAUGCAAGAUGUAGAUAAAAUGAUAGAGGGUCAGAGAAAGGACGCCGAUGCUGCACCUUCUAUUUCUCCGUCUCUGCAUUGCGCUUAUGGGGGUGACACAAGUGUGUACCCAAUUGGUCACCCCAUCGAAAAGGACCUGAAUCACGAAAACGUCAUGUUCGUGAAUGUCCUUCUAAAUGUGUACGUAAGUUUAUUUAACACGAAAAGUAAGAAGAACUUCCUAUUCUACCGUGACAAUCAAGUGCCUUACAACGAGUUCCUUCUCGACAACGUGGAAAUUGUAAUUGACCAGAUGAGGAAUAUGCUAAACAAGAUCAGACACAAUUUGAGUGAGUCAGUAAUUUAUUUUUUGAAAUUGGAAUUUUUAAUUCUUCUGUUUUUGAUAAAGAUUGCCAAGAGGAACGCAGAAAGUGGCAACGCGGAGACGUCCGCCGAAAAGUUGAAGGGGCCGAACGAAACGGUUCAGGGUGUAGGGUUCAACCAACAGCGCAUUGGCAGAGGUGGAUACAUGAACAGCGAUAGCUAUACUAGUGGUAAUAACUAUGCGAACGUCCACGGGUAUGAUAACAACUUUGGAAGCUCCUUCGGUGGUAGCCAGGCUCAGAACAGCAACCCGAACGAAUUCCAAAAGGGUUACCAGAACAACCAGGAGUCGGAUUUCUUCCCUAUGUGGAGACAGAACGAAUCCGCGAAAGAUAGUAAAAUGUAUGUGGACCCCCUAAGUAAUAGCAACGUGAUGAACAAUGUGGACACGACAUCUGCGCGGAGCAGCAUCGCAGGUUACGACCUCGGCGUUAAUCACGAGCUGCAGGAAAGUGUAAUGAGUGGCACCGGCGUAGGAAGCGACAUCACCAAUGGCAGCCUCUACCCAAACAGCCACAGUGCCACGUACGCAGAUGGCAGUAAUAGCACCCCCACUGUCGAUAAUAACAUAAACGAAAACAGCAUCGAUAUGGGUAACUUUUGCGAAAAAUUAAAUGGGGACUACAACUGUGGUAUGAAGGGUAGGAACGCAGAGAUUGAUUGCCUACACGCCAGUAACAAAUACAGUGGUGUGCUUAACGCAACGAAUAGUGGAAGUCCAGAUAAAGUAAUAAUUUCACGUAGGUAUGCAGCCGCACGUGGCAGCCAAAACGGUGUGCCAAAUGGUACUAAUGAUUGCUCUGUAGGGGGCACUAACCAGGGGACUAUCCAUUUCGGUAAAGAUGCUCCCAAAAGGGGCAGCCCAGAUAAGCUCAUAAAGGGUGAUACAUGGAGCAAAGUAAAUCGCAGUUAUUGUAAUGAGAGCGGUGAAGGGGCAUAUAGCACGCCCAACAACAGCACGUACGGUGCGUAUUGCGUGCAGAAGAAUGAGAAGAGUAUUACACAGGGGAAGGCCCAACAGAGCGGGAAUAACGUGGAGAACGACCUUGUAAGAAGCCACUCCUUGCCAGGCACCCUUAACAGUAACGAAUCGGCCACAGGGAUGAACGAUAUCUUUCUGAGCAACAUGAAGAACAACCUGUCUGCCAACAUGGAUGGUGUUGUACACCCGGGGCAGGGCUACCCCUACGAUGGGAGAAGCUUCCCCUUUUCCAGCAUAUAUAGGGAGGAAUUGGACGGGGGGGAAAACGUCCAACAUGUAGAGAUGGUAGGGGACGAAGAAGAGGAAGAAAGAAGGAGGAGAAAAAGAGAAAUUGAAGCGGAGUGGGGAGGAGAAAUUAUUGCAGGAAACGAAUUUCAGACAGAGUACUUAAUUUUAAAUCGUGAUUAUUUAAGGAACAGUGUAAAAAAGAGUACAUUCGAAAAUGUGACUGAUAUGAUAAAUAACUUAUUUAGUAAUAGCUUUUUGGAGAUGCUGGACGUGAUGCUAAAGUGUGUAGAAGUAAAUUUUAAGGAUGAGAAUCUAACCCUAAUUAAUCGAAUUUUUUGGUGCAUGUUGAAGGGGAUGAAAUAUUGCAGCGAAUUGAACAAGUACAAAAUUUAUACGUUCAUUUUGAGCAAAAUCGACAAGCUUAUUAAGAGCAAAAGGUACGAAGAGAAUAACUCUACACUGAACAAUUAUAGCUGCUAUUUUUUGCUGAACUUGAUUUUUAAUUUGUUUAAGAGGGAUAGCAGAAGGAAAAGAAGAAACAUAUGGUACUUUCUGUUCGAGGUCCAUGUAAAUAAAAUGAAAAGGAAGAAGAGUACCAUGAAGGUGAACUCGGUCAAGGGGGAUGAUCAGAAGGCUAGCAUGCACCCUCCUCCACAUAAUACGCUUGACGUGAAUGAUUAUAUGAAGAAGAAUAAAAGUAAAAAUAGCGAAUUGGUUACAAAAAUGCUUAUAACUUCUCUCAUAAAAAGUAAUGAAAAAAAUAAGCAGCUGAAAACGGAUCAAGUGAAAAACAACAGCGUAAACACGUCGGAAAAUGAAAACGAUUUAAUGCCUCUAUAUGAUGGGAAGAAUUUUCUAAUGAAUAAUAUAAUAAAUUUUUUACUUGAAUGUUGUAUUAGCAAAGGAUGCAUUGUGAGAUUUAUGAGCCUCAGAAUAUUUUACACGAUGACCAUUCUGUUUAUCGAAUUUAUAAAAAACAGAUCGUUAAGCUAUGAAGAGAGGAUGCUUAAAAAUUAUAUCGUGAAAUCGAUUUAUCAGAAUUUCUUCCUCUGUAUUUUUAACAUUUUAAAAGAACCAGAAACGAACAUUUUUAUUUAUAUGAAGUUCCGAAAUUUGUGUCUGAGUUUGUUAUUCAUUUGUUCAAAAAUUCUAUCGCCCACUUUUCUGAAUGAGUUUUACGAUAAGGUUAUUUCUUACCAGCUCUGCUGCGUCGACCAUUUUUACAGAUGCAGGGAUAGUGUUUGCCUGACUGAUAGGACGGGAGAGCACUAUGAUGACAGCACGUUGAAAAGCAUUUAUGCCAUGUUUCUGAGCAACGCCAAGGACCUCUACCUGUUCGCCUUCUUGAUGCUUUUUAGAAAUUCCAGAAAUGUUAUAAACUUAAAAAUUUUGAAGGGCAUUCUGAAGAUAUCGUCGGAGGAGGUUACAACGAUACUGGGAAACUUGGUGUCGCAGCGAGAUGGGGGUGUUUCCGAGAGGCAGGACAGGCAUAACAGACAGGAGAGGAAAGACAAGGGAUGCUCCACUAACGGGUCGAUUAAUGACUCGGUUAGCGGCAACGUUUGCGGUGCUGUUAGUGGUGCCGUUAGCGAUGAUGUGAACGCGUUGUCCGUGGAUGGGAUGGCGGAUGGGACAGCCGAUCAGGAAGGGGAACUACAGAACGGGCUGCCCAGCGAGGCGCAGAACGGUGGGGACUGCCCCGUGGAAGCGAAGGAACAGACUGGCAUAAGGAGAAGAAGAGAAAGCAACAAAGUAGAAUUGUUUCGAGUGAAAAACAUAAACAUGGAUGACUUCCUCACGAGCGACAUGCAGAUAAAACUGAAAGUAAAAGAGCAGAAUGAAGAAGAAAAGAAAAAAACGGCAUACAAAAAUUUGUAUUUUAUCAACAUAUUCUACAUUGGAGAAUUAAAAAAACUUAACACAUACGAAAAUAAUUUUAUCUACUACAUGCUCAAUUGCGUUUUUUGCUUUCUGAAUAUAUAUACAAAUCGGUUCACAUUUUUCUUUUACUUUAUUAAAAAUGAGGGUUACCAUCGGAACGGCUACUUUGAUCAUUCCUUAAACAGUAAUAGCAACAGCAACAGCAGCAAUGGGAAUAGAAACAAAGACAUUGGGGAGUUAGGCCAAAUGAAUGAGCAAAAGUAUGUGUUGGAAUUUAUCCAGGAAAUGUUAACCCUGUUCAGAAAUUUCUUGCACAUUGUUGCGGUGAUGGAGGAAAAUUUAAUCAGUGUAAAUGUAGAAACUUUGGUGAAGAAAAAAACGAGAGGAAGCGAAUUAACAAAUAUAAGAAGCCUUAAAAGAUUGGUCAUCCUAGAGUUGCAGAAGUUUUAUUUCAUUUUUGUGAAGCUGCUAAAAGCCCUUUUCUUACUCAACAGAAUAAAUGGCUCCUGUAUAACCCCCUUUGAGUUUUUCUUUUUUAAAUUGAUACAGUCGCUAGACAAUGAGCUGAUAGGGGUUAACACGAAAAGGCACAUUUUGAAAUUUUUAAAAUAUUUCUCCUAUAAGAAAAAGUUCAAGGAUACCAUCAUUAGCAGAAUUAACCACUUCCAUUCUAAGGUGAGAAGCAAGAAGAAGAAAAUUUCCGACAUUUUUUCGAAAAAGGAAUAUAAAAGACAAGAUCUGUACUCAUAUUCCAUCAGAGGGCAUGACAUUUCUGCUUCGAACGCCCCCUACGGCGAUGAUCCAAAAGGGGAUGUAAAUAGCAUCCCCGGAGGAGGACACAAUCAUCCCUAUAGUUACGACAAUGCUUUUAAAGCGGAGGGGGAAGUGGACGAGGAGGUGGAGGAGUCCCACGUGGAUGCACCCCACCGAGUGAAGGAACCGCCUUCACUGCUACCACCCGAAGGGGCUAAUCAAGACGGGAAAAAGAAGUCGACCAGGCAGAGGUCUGGCAACAGCAGCCGAAGGAGCAGAAGCAAUGCGAAGAAGGGGCAACCUGGGACGAACAAUUCGGAGGAGGCCAUCGCGACUGCCAUAGAAGCGGUGCCCAAGGAAGAAGACCCCAGUGCCAAAAAUAACGAUGCAGGUGAAGUAGAAAAAACGGCAAAUCAACAAGGCAACGCAACCGGCGAUAACGUGACCAGCGCGGAAGCGGUACCCGGCACUUGUGCCAUCGAGGCAAACGAUGCAAAUUCAAUGACAACCGUGAGUAAAAGCAAGAGAAGGAAAUGCAGUAGUGCGAAGAAGGACGAAGCGAAGAUUGAUAUUGACCCAAGCUGCUUAAUCGGCAUAGAGCACCCAAAGGAGGAGGAGAACAAAUGGGAUGCUACGAAAAAUUGCAAAAUAGAAUGUGAAGUAAAAAUGGAACCGCAAGCAGAGGUGGAAAAUCCAGUGAGUAAUACUACUGAGCAGGAAACUAGGAGAAGCAGAUAUGGUAGAAAAAGUGGCGUUAACACCAAGGAGAAGAAUUUUAGCAUGCUGAUUGAGGAGGAGCAUGAGCAGAAAAGAAAAAGCAGGCGAAUGAGCAGGAUUAAGAAUUCAAGUGGGGGGAAUGCGAAAGGGAGAAACGUAGCCAAGAAGGAGGAAGAAGUUAAAGGGGUAGGAGCAACCCCAGGAAGUGAGUUUUUGGGCGAUAUUCCUGGAGGUGCUCCAAGCAGGAAUCAACCCCAAAUGGGAAAUAACAAAACAUGUGAUAAUAACAAUAAUGAAAAGAAUCCUGCAAAUGUAACGACAGGUGGCUUCUUCCCCGAAGAGGUCGCAACUCAGAGAAGAGGAACAACCGACAUUUUGACAAAUGCGAAAAAUGACUCAACUGUAAACAAAGUCAAUGGGGAAAAACAAAUUUUGGAAUAUACAAAUGAGAAAAACUGGAGCUUAAAUAUUGUCCUAAACUGUAGUAGCAAUAUGAUAGUCGAGAUGGACAGGUUAAAUUACCUUAGGAAGUGCAGCGCUCUAAGCAGCUACAAAGACUACAAGGUGGAAAAAUUCUUCUACGAUAACUUGGAGCUGUUCCUAGUAAGCAUAUUUAUAUUUGAAAAGAACACCAAAUUGAACAACACGGAUUUUUUUUUGGAAAAUUUUGACAAAAUAAAUGAAGUAAUUGAAUUUUGCAAGAGGAAUAAUAUCGAUAGGGGGAUAGAAAAAAUCGUAAAUCACUUAUUUGUUUAUUUAAGUGAAAUAAAAAACAACAAAAAGUAUAUCCACGGAUUGAUAAGAUUAAUUACCAACACGUUGUCGUACAUUCCAGUGUACAAAAUUUCAGAGUCCCCCUUUUUUUUUAUUUCCUUUUGUUGUCUUUUUAAACAUUCGAAGAAGAAACAUGUGAACAAAAUAAUUAUCCAAAAUUUUAUUAUCAUUUGCAUGAAUUAUAUUGAUACUUUAAUGAAGCGAACGUACAACAGAAGGAGGUGCCGCAUGUGGUUUAGGAGCCUCCUCCAGCAUAGGAGAAGUGAACAGACGGAGCAGAGAACGACGCAGGUUGGACAGAAUUAUAAAAAGGUUGGCUCAUCUCCUGUGAAAAGUCCUGGUCGAAAGGUUGCCACUGGGGUUAAGUGCACCGUGGAUCAGGCUGUUGCAGGAUCGGUGGCACUACCGGGGAUAACGCCCACAGAUGGAGCAACAGUAGUAGCAGGCGUAGCAGAUGUAAGUGGCUUAAAUGGCGUGACGCCCGUGGGGGAUGCUUCGAUCAAGGAGCAGAUGAGUAAAAGCUCGAGGAGCAAGAAGGGGAGCAGCAGAAGAGGGGCGAGUGGAAACCCGAGGUCGAGAAGGAGCACCAAGAAGGGGGAGGAAGCGGCUACCCAGGGGGUAACAUUGAACGAGGGAGGAACCAACCAAGUGGCCACUGCUACGGUGGAUACACAAGGGAUGGCCACUGAAGGGGCAAACGCCAAACGAACCAGUAACUACUACGAGAACAACUGCAGAAGUGGCCGCAGGAACAGCGGAAAUGGCAGGGUAUCCAAUACUAUGAGCGGUGUAGCGCCGAAUGACUAUUUCCACCCCCAAGAGGCGCUCCUUUUUCAACGGAACAUGCGGGAAGAGAAAGAAAUAACAGACAAGCUGCUCCUGAACCUGAUUAACCUGUACAUAAAUUUCAUGUGCUCCUUCCAUUUCUACUACUUAACUUUUUACGAAGACAACUACAGCAUUUUGAAGAACAUUUUAAUUUUAGGCAUAGAUAAAAUAUUACGGAAAAAGUCGAAUAAAAAAUUGACUAGCUUUGCUUUGUCAUUUAUCUACAUUUUAAUAUGCCUUUUGUUAAAUGUGAAGAUAAAGGAGGAGUUCAUAUUAACGUUGAGUAGGGACAAAACGAAGGGGCAAAAGGAAAUGAGAAGAAGCGAAAAAAGGGAAUUUGGAAAAAAAGUGGAACAUAUUAGUGGAAAGAGUAGAAGCAAUGAAAAUAAAAUGAGCGAUUUGCGCGGAACGGGAGCAGCAGCAAAUGACCAGCGAGAAAAGGAGGAAGAGAAAAAGUUUAUAGUGAAAUAUUUAAUUAACCUUAUAGACGAAAAGGAACAAGGAAAUGUAAACCAAAUUAGCAAGAAAAAAUUCAGGAAAAAUAUAAAUCAAGUUUUAUGUAUAAAAAAUGAUGAACAUUUGGAGAAUUACAGUUUUUUUCCAAAAAUGUGUUUCUACAAAAAUAAAAUGGACAAACAUAUAGAUAAGGUGUUCCAUGUGAAGAAGAAAGAAAAAUUAGCUAUUACAAGUUCGUUAAAUUUGAAGGAAAACUUAAAAAAGUUAAACAAGAUUUGUGUUAAUUUUUCGUAUAAAUUUAUUUUCAACCUUUUAUCUGAGCCCCUAGGAUUUGAAAAGAACAGCGAAUGGCUCAUCAGUAACGCUUUUAAGAAAGAUAUGAAGAAAGACACCAACUAUGCGAAAUAUAACUUUCUUGAUUAUAUUAUGUACGCGUGUUUUUACAUCAUUUUUCGCAAAACAAAAUUAAUUAAAAUGGUGAAGACAAAUUAUCAGAAAGUUUCGCUUGACACACAAAAUAGCAAAAAAAAUAUGGGAAAUAUUAAAAUGAAGUCGUACCUAUAUAAUCAGAAGAAAUACUGCACGCUGCAAUUUUAUUUGGCCGUUGAAAUUCUGAAUUUAAUUUUUAACAAUUUAAAAUAUCUUCCAUUUAGUUCGAUUAAGCUAAUUAUUGACAUAUUUCUGAACAGAUCAUUUUUAACCGUAUGGGUAGAUGGGAAGAAGGAAGAUAUAAUAAAUAAAUUUCAAAAAUUAUUUCACAAUUUUUUUUGCGAUAUUUUUUACCUACAAUCUGACAAAAUUAAGGAAUUGCCGUAUUUUGUGUAUCAAUAUCAGAAAAGUAUCUUUCUUGUAAAUUUGGUCGUAAAUUCUGUUGUGUGUAGGAAGAAGAAGCCCGUGGAUAAUUUCCUCCUUCUGGACAUUUUGAAGCACUGCUUCCCGGGGUCUGAUUUGGACAACCAUAAUAAUUCGUCCGAUAGGAAGAAUGAAGACAAGCGGUCGGUGGAACGGUCCCACCGCAUGUUACGGAGCAAGAAGGUGAACAUGCCCAUUUGA